AUGCGGUUUUCAAUCACCAUUGGAUUUGCUAGUUUAGCGGUUGGAUUGGCCAUGAGUCAACAGACUGAGAAUGACUUGGUCACCCGUCAAACCAAGCCUGCCCCACCUACGGGUCCUACGAGUAAUCAACCUCCUCCUGAUAAGAAGCCUGACCCAGCUGCGUGUGCAGCAAUCAUGAAGAGGCUCGAAGCGGCCCAAGGCGGUGGCGGAGGUGCAGGUGGUCCUCCAGGGGGUGGCAGUGGGGGUGGUACGGGUGGAGGUUCCGGAGGGCGGUCUAGUCGCCGCGGUAUUUCUGAGUCUCAUAACGAUGCCCUUUCCAAUAGUUUAACUCGCCGAGCCCCCCCGGCAGGUGGAGAUCAGAAAGCGACAAGUGAAACUCAGGCUCCAGCUGAUUCUUGUGACAAACUUAGCGCCAUGAUCAAGGCAAGACAAGCCGGAGCUGGACCUAAAAGCAAACCUACACGUCGAGACGCGAUGGAGGUCCCGUACACCAUGGUCCGCCGCGAAAGCGCUGCUACUAAUGCAUCUUCCACCGUUCCACCCACCGAAACUCCUCCCGCUCCUGGCGGAACGUCCACCAUUCCAGCAAACAACGCUACCGGCAACGGAUCAUCAAUCGCUCCACCAAAGCCUUCGCCUAAAGGUAAAGCCAAACCUACACGUCGAGAUGCGAUGGAGGUCCCGUACACCAUGGUCCGCCGCGAAAGCGCUGCUACUAAUGCAUCCUCCACCGUUCCACCCACCGGAACUCCUCCAGCUCCUGGCGGAACGUCCACCAUUCCAGCAAACAACGCUACCGGCAAUGGAUCAUCAAUCGCUCCACCAAAGCCUUCGCCUAAAGGUAAAGCCAAACCUACACGUCGAGACGCGAUGGAGGUCCCGUACACCAUGGUCCGCCGCCAAAGCGCUGCUACUAAUGCAUCUUCCACCGUUCCACCCACCGGAACUCCUCCCGCUCCCGGCGGAACCUCCACCAUUCCAGCAAACAACGCUACCGGCAACGGAUCAUCAAUCGCUCCACCCAAGGCUUCGCCUACAGGCAAGUCUCCGAGUCCUAGUCGUCGUGAUGUGUAUGAGAAUGAGCAUCAUUUGAACAGCCGCCAAACCACUUCCGCCGGUACCACGGCAACUGAUGUUGCAAACAAGGAUCCAAAAGUAUGCGCCGCUAUCUUAAAGAAGAUGGAAGCUGCCAAAGCAGCAUCAGCCGAUGCGACCAAAGACACUACCAAAGCUCCCACUCGUAGAGGACUUUCAGGACGAGCCCGUCAAGCUUUGGCUCGUCGAUCUCCUCAAGCUCCUCCAAAACCUAAUGCGGGAUCUGAUGAUCCUUGCGCAAGAUUAACGGCCAUUGAUGUACUAUCUAUCCACAUUGUAAAUUCUUGA